AUGCUAUUUCAAAAAUAUUUGCCUGAUCCCGUUUUACUGGAGGAUAAAGCCAUUACUUUUAAAAGCUUUUCUGCUCCUGAUUAUGAAAAUUAUAAAAGUUUACUCAAGUGUCAUGUUACUGCAGAUGAUUAUUAUAUUGAAAUCCCUCGCAAGAACUCCUCCUUUAGAAGUGAAGCAACAACGUCCCAGUCUUCUUCAGAACACUUGAAUUGUGGGAAGAGCAGUGCGUUUUCUUCGGACUAUAUAGAAGAGGUUUCUUUGUUUUUAGCAAGGACGAAAUCCAUGUGUGUUUACACUUCAAGAUAACAUAGCUGUACGGGAUUCGAUUGCUUUGGGUAUGUAGGAGUUAUCCAGUUUGAUCCAGCAAUAUGAGAAUUCGCCAUCAGUUGAGAACAUGAACAUGCUUCGCGAAUUGCAUGCUACUUUGUUGGAAAAGUAUUCAAGGUACUUUU